UCCCAGUUCCCCACGGUGUGAAUUCUCCAAUAUGGCGGCCAUGGAUGUAUAAAAUCGAUCCUCGCAUAAACCUACCUACGCUGUUCUGUUUGAUUACAUUUUAUUGAUUAUUAUCGAAGGGUUUGGUGUGUUAAAACCUCUCCCAUAAUGAAGAGAUCUAAUGAGGAAUUCUCCACUACUGUGGUGGAAGAACAGCUUGACUCAGGCGGACUGCCGCAGCUCCCUCAACCCACGCUCCAACUAAAGCGAGCGAAAAAACUCCUGACUCCAGCAAGACUGCUGAUAGAUCAAAUCGCUCUCGAGCAAGACACAACCCCCGCUCAAGAUCUGCUACGUCUUGUAGUGAAUUUAGAACGCGAGCUCCCGUUGGAAAGUCUAGACGAGGUCGAGCUGGCGGUGAGAUGUUUGUGGGAUCGAGUGCGCGAUUGUGAGAAUGUUGUCCUAAGGGCGAAGAUGGUGUCUUUGUUGGGGAGUUUAGCGAGGCAGCCGGGGGCUAAUGCACACUCGGUUAUGGAUGAAAUGAUCAGGAGUUUAGCCACUGAGAAAUCACACAAGGUGAUGGGCCAACUUCUCUAUUCACUGAGGAUGUUAGGGAGACUUUUUGCAAACGAGGGCCAGGAGAGUUGUUCAGCAUUUUGGAUGGAAGAUGCAUUGUGUGAAUGGAGGCCUAAGGGCAUGCUACCCCUGAGAAUUCACAUUUUGCAACUUGGAAAACUUGUGCAGUCACUAGUCAACUUAGCAAUUGAGCAUUUAAAGGACUCCCAUCACUCAGUGCGAUGCCAGUGUCUACGGAUGAUUGGUGAGCUUGCCUGUGCAGACACUACCAUGGGGGGUACCCAAAGUAUGCAGUCAUUAGUGGCAAGUUUUGCUGUGGACAGUGACUCAAGAGUGAGGACUACAGCACUCCAAGCACUGCUUGCACUUCACGAACGUGGUCAGAAACUGGAUAUGAUGGUUUAUGAGCAGGCAUCCAAAGCACUCCAUGACGACUAUGAAGAGGUCCGUAUGGUCGCCAUCAAGCUAUUGUGGGUGUUCAGCCAUAUAUGCCCCGAGAGGACAGUGAUUCUACCAUCAUCAGAUGAAGCUCGUCUGGUGGAUGAUGCCUUUAUCAAGAUAUGUCACAUGGUAAAUGAUAUGUCAAUGCAAGUGCGAGGUGAAGCGGUCGGACUUCUUGGAUCUCUUCACCAUGUCAGCCCAAAGUUCCUUGAACAGACCUUGGACAAAAAAGUCAUGUCCCAUCUAAAGAGACGGAAAACAGACCAUGAGAAGCAGAGAGAUCGUUUUGCUGGUGGUGGAAGUUCUGAUUCAGGAUGGAGCACUGGACGGCAGUGGGGUGAUAAGAUGAGCAGUGAGGGGGAGCUGGCUCCAGAAGAGGUAUCUCUUAUGAGUAGUGGUGCCUGUGGUGCUUUUGUCCAUGGUCUCGAAGAUGAGUACCUCGAGGUUCGCAUGCCUGCCGUAGACGCAUUGUGUGAACUAGCGAAUCAGAACCCAUCGUUUGCAAUGCUUUGCCUGGACUUCCUUGUGGAUAUGUUUAAUGACGAGAUUGAAAGUGUUCGGCUUAAUGCUAUCAACAGUCUACGAAAGGUAUGCCAUCAAAUGGAGCUGAGAGAGGACCAGCUGGACAUCGUGCUCAGCGUGCUUGAAGACUUUUCCCACGAGAUCCGCGAGGGAGUCAGGGAGCUUCUUGGUCACUGCCACCUAUCCACUCGAGCCUGCCUGCACUCAGCUAUCCAUGCGUUGCUAAGCAACCUAAGCAAAUACCCACAAGACAGGGCGUCUAUUUGGAGAUGCGCACAGCAGCUUGGCAAAAAGCACCAGCAUCUAGCCUCCUCUCUCGUCCCCGAACUUCUCUCAACCCACCCCUACUUCGCCACUGCCGAGCCCUCGGUCGACGACCCCGCCUACGUUGCCAUAGUGAUACUCGUCUUCAACGCCACAGUCAACUCACCGGUGAUGAUCCCCAUGUUCCCUAGCCACACCCUCCGUCACUAUGGUUACCUGAGGGAUAGUUACCCAGACCUGGUCCCGCAGCUACCGAUUGAGGGAGAGGGGGUAGAGGUCGAGCUGACUCCUCAACAUCAAGCCUCUAGCGGCGAGUCGUUCAUGUGCGGGAUUCUCCGUCGCGUCGAGUCUCUCACCGCUCUGAGCCCCCUAACGGCACAAAAGCUCCUUAAGACCCUGAUCAAGGACUUGAAGCACGCGCAAGGAAUCAGUAAAUCCCUCUCAUCUAACUCCCGCUGCAUCGCUUUAUACUUAGAGUCACACCUUAUAAUACUGCAGGCUCAGAUCGACAAAUUAUGGGACACUCCUGGGGCCCUGUGCUCCGCGCAAGGGACUGGGUUACAGCUACUUGUGGAACAACUGCUGACCAAGACAUACCGCAUUGAGCACUGUUAUCAUGGGCUCAGCUCUGCGCAGCUGCUGCAAGUACACGAGCUUCGGCUUCUCGUGCAUGCGUUGUUGAUCUUAUCCUCUCAGCGCUGUGACACGAGGACUGAGAAAAAUCUCGGCUCAACUUUACAAGUAUGGCAGUCGUUCCUGUCGAGAGUAAAACACUUCUCUUCGUUCUUGCGCCGAUGUGGAGCCGCUAUGGAUGAUUUCUGCGAAUCCAUUAUGUCUUUUCAAACAUUUUUCGAGUCGAAUAUCACAAAACCUGCUGUCAUUGCCGAAUACUUGCAGACCAUCGUGCUAACCCGGCGGCCGGCGCCAUUGCAGAUUAGUAGCAUGUUAAGAGAGUCGCGCGCAGUAAUGGCGGAACCUCAGGGAGGGUCCGAGAACCCCCGUAGUUUCUCUGCGGGACUCACGCUUGGCAUUGAUAUCGAUGCGAUGCUGGAGGAUUUGCCCGACCCUUCGAAUCUACGGAUACAGGUAGUAUUUCCCGACAUGCGUCGCCAGCUGUUCACACCCAAAACAGACGACUUUCAGCAUCUUAGCGACAUGCGACACCGACUUGUCACGACAGUCGUGGUUUCGCAUUCUGGUUGGUCAGAGUCAUGCUUCAUAGAACUCUCUUUGGUUCUAAAAUACAUGCCAGACAUCGACGAAGACGCUGUUGUGAUCCCAAACUCACCGCACGAACAAAACAAGAUGAUUCUUCGACAAGUGAAAAAUUCCACGGACAGCUUACAGGACGGAGUCCUCGGACUUUGUCCGCCCGUGAGGCUGUGUAUUCAACCCAAGCCUGGCAAAUAGCAGUUAGUGAUAGAGUAUGGGACUUUGUCCGCCCGUGAGGCUGUGUAUUCAACCCAAGCCUGGCAAAUAGUUGUUAGUGAUAGAGAAUGUGACUUUUCCAUACGACUACUUGGAGGGUAGCCUGGGUACUAGAGCCCAGGCGUUUUACUUACAAGUCUUUUGAAGCCUUUAGAAUACACAUUUUAAAUAAACAAAAGACGAUAUUUAUUAUAUGGAAAAAAAACUUA